AAAUAAACCCAAACAACAACCAAUCUAAGUCCCUCUCAGUUAAGGAAUCUUUGUUACUCUUACUCACACACACACAUAACAUAAUAAUACUACUACUAAUAUUGCUGUUUAAAAGGGGAGUGCAAAUAGCAAUUUGGCUACAUACAAAACCAAUUCACACUCACUAUUACUUUCUUCUCUUUCUUUCUUUUUCUCUCUCUCUUCGAGGGUUUCGUUUUUCCCCCUUGAAGAAGAAGAAGAAGAAGAAGAAACAACAACAAUCGCCACUUAGGUAUUUAUAUCGUGUUUUAAGGUGCAUCAAUCAUGUUUGGGCGUGGACCAGCAAGGAAGAGUGAUAACACGAAAUAUUAUGAUAUUCUUGGUGUUUCAAAAAGUGCCAGUGAAGAUGAAAUCAAGAAAGCCUAUAGAAAAGCAGCGAUGAAGAACCAUCCGGAUAAGGGUGGGGAUCCUGAGAAAUUCAAGGAGUUGGGUCAAGCAUAUGAAGUGUUAAGUGAUCCUGAAAAGAAAGAACUGUAUGAUCAAUAUGGUGAAGAUGCCCUUAAAGAAGGAAUGGGAGGAGGCGGAGGAAGCUCAUUUCAUAAUCCAUUCGAUAUUUUCGAAUCAUUUUUUGGUGGAGGAGGUUUUGGUGGUGGUGGUCCUUCACGGGGAAGAAGACAGAAGCAAGGAGAAGAUGUGGUGCAUUCCUUAAAGGUUUCCUUGGAGGACGUGUUUAAUGGCACUACAAAGAAACUAUCUCUUUCUAGAAAUGUGCUAUGCGCAAAAUGUAAAGGGAAAGGUUCAAAAAGUGGAACAGCUGGAAGGUGUUUUGGAUGCCAGGGCACAGGUAUGAAGAUUACCAGAAGGCAGAUUGGUCUGGGCAUGAUUCAGCAAAUGCAACAUGUUUGUCCUGAAUGCAAAGGAACUGGUGAGGUCAUCAGUGAGAGAGAUAGAUGCCCUCAAUGCAAGGGAAACAAGAUUUCUCAAGAAAAGAAGGUGCUGGAAGUGCACGUGGAAAAGGGGAUGCAGCAGGGUCAAAAGAUUGUAUUCGAAGGACAAGCUGAUGAAGCCCCUGACACAAUCACGGGAGACAUAGUGUUUGUCUUGCAAGUGAAGGGGCAUCCGAAGUUCAGGAGGGAGCAUGAUGACCUCCAUAUUGAACACACACUCAGCUUAACUGAAGCGCUCUGUGGAUUCCAGUUUAAUGUCACACAUCUUGAUGGAAGGCAACUAUUGGUCAAAUCAAACCCUGGGGAAGUCGUCAAGCCAGGUCAACAUAAAGCUAUAAAUGAUGAGGGAAUGCCACAACACAAUAGGCCCUUCAUGAGGGGACGCCUUUACAUCAAGUUUAAUGUUGAAUUCCCAGAUUCGGGAUUUCUUUCUCCUAGCCAAAGCCUAGAAUUAGAAAAGAUAUUACCUCAAAAGACAAGCAAGAAGUUGUCACAAAAGGAGCUAGAUGAUUGUGAGGAGGCCACCUUACAUGAUGUCAAUUUUGCAGAGGAGAUGAGUCGAAAGAAGCAACAAUACCGUGAGGCUUAUGAUGACGAUGAUGAUGAAGAUGAGCAUUCAAUGCCUCGGGUACAAUGUGCUCAACAGUAAGGCAAUUUAUGAUGAAAGUAUUCAACUAAAAUGUUCUCUAUGAUUAUCUUCUGUUUGCAUAAUGCAGUUAUAACUGCAUCUUAGUUUACCUUAGGUUUCAUUUGGUAAUGUUACUUUAUUAACAGUUAUUGUUGUUUGGUUUGAAAUUUGCUGUAUACUCCUAUUUAUAUUUAUUAGUAUUAGUAUAUGAAAAUUAAAUGCUUCUUGGUA